AUGGCCUCGAACCCGUCAAGAGGAGGCGGAGGUGGUGGAAGGCGUCAGAAGCGCGAUAUGGGACGAGCCGAGUGGGCUCGUCAAGGCAUAGAUAAGAGAGAGCGCCAGACGCAACAGAUGGAGGCUAAACGCCGCCGAAUCGAGAAUGGCGAAGAAGUUACCCUGCCCAUCUACGCGACUGAGUUCACCAAGGAGGAGAUUGAUGGCGAGGAACGGCGCCCUAAGAAGAAGGUUGCCGUGCUGAUUGGAUACUCGGGAACUGGAUACUCGGGCAUGCAGUUGAACGAGAACCAGCGCACCAUUGAAGGUGACCUAUUCGCUGCCUUCGUCAAGGCCGGCGCAAUCUCAAAAGCCAAUGCAGCGGAUCCUAAGAAGUCUUCCUUCGUCCGCUGUGCGCGCACAGAUAAGGGAGUCCACGCUGCCGGUAAUGUCGUUUCUUUGAAGAUGAUUGUCGAGGACGAGGAUAUCAUCCAGAAGAUCAACGAGCACCUCAGUUCCCAGAUUCGGGUUUGGGGCUACGAGGUCACAGCCAAGAGCUUCAGCUGCUAUCAGAUGUGUGAUUCCCGCGUAUAUGAAUACCUAAUGCCGAGUCACUGUCUCCUGCCCCCUCACCCCAGCACCUAUCUCGGCCAAAAGAUCACCGAGCUUGCCGAGAAAGCUGGCGAACUAGAUGAAGUCAAGGCCAGACAGGAAGCAGUCACUGGCUACUGGGAAGAAGUGGACGAAAAGUACAUCAAGCCCAUCCUGGCAAAGGUGCCCGAGGACAUCCGUCAAAUCGUCGAAAAGUCCCUCUACCUCGACGACUCACGCGAAGCCCUGCAAGCAAGCGAUGAAACCAAGGAACCCCUGGAGUCAACCUCAGAGUCCACGGACAAGCCCACCGAGCAACCAACAGAACAGUCAACAGAAAAGAAGCCCUUCGUAAUGGAUGAGCGCCAAAAGCUCAUCAUCGACACCGUCAAGGCUGUCAAGGCAGCCUACCUAACAGCCCGCCGAGCCUACCGCGCCCCAGCCUCACGCAUCGCCCGCCUGCAAGACGCUCUCACGCAGUAUGUUGGAACGAAGAACUUCCACAACUACACCAUCCAAAAGGCACACAGUGACCCCUCCGCCAAGCGGCACAUCAAGAGCUUCGUCGUGAACACCUCGCCGAUCAUCAUCGACGGCACGGAAUGGCUCAGCCUGAAGGUCCACGGCCAGAGCUUCAUGAUGCACCAGAUCCGCAAGAUGGUCGCUAUGGCCACAAUGAUUGUCCGUGCUGGAUGCAACCCCGAUCGUAUUACUGAGACCUACGGUCCGGACCGUAUUGCUAUUCCCAAGGCACCGGGUCUGGGACUCUUGCUUGAGCGGCCUAUCUUCGGUGCUUACAAUGCCAAGGCUAAAGUUCUUGAGCGUGAGCCUAUUCACUUCGAUAAGUAUACCAAGGAGAUGGAUGAAUUUAAGCAGCGGGAGAUUUAUGAUCGGAUUUUUCGGGAGGAGGAGCAGAGUGCUGGAUUUGGUUCUUUCUUCAACCAUAUUGAUCACUACCCCGCUGAUUACUUCCUCUAUGUCACUUCUGGCGGUAUCGCAGCCUCAAAGCUCGCCACUGCACCCGCUGCUGCAUCUGGGUCUAAGGGUAACAUCAAAGCCCAGAAGGGCGCACUCGCUGCCGUGGAGGGAUUGUCAGAUGAUGAAGCCAAUGUUCCUGCUGGUGGAGAGGAAGAGGGAUAA